AUGCCCGGAACAGACAGCUCCGAUGCCCGCGCGUUGGCGGCGGCCCCUCUCGUGCCAGCGCAGAGCGUCAGGUGGAGGUCGAAUGCUACUUUUCAGCGUGUUCUGGGCUUGACCUUGAAAGCAACGCUGCUCUCUGCUGACCGUGGCUUCGACAUGCUCAGCCUCUGGAAAAUUAUUUCUGACCCUUCGAGUACUUGGCUCGACGUGGUUCAGCAGACGAACUUCUGGCUUUUGUGCUUUGGAGCAUUGGCUUCAACGGCUUUAUCGGCACUGACACUUAGCCGACACCGUGCUGCAAUUCGCCAGAACCGCCCAUAUGGCUGGGGCCUGGCCUUGUUCAUCUCUGCAAUCCAACUUGCCCCGAUUGUCGAAAUGGUGGACAAGAUUGGAGAUGGGUUCUGCUGGGGUAUUGGCGAGGAGGACAUGCUGAGCUCGGUGGCAUCUGUGGUCAGUUCUCCACACGAUGGGCCCAUUUCAUCCGCUAGCAUGGCUCGGCGGUCGAGACGCCAGGCUAUGGCUGAGAUGAAAGGCAGCCGGUAUGGUGAGAAUCUGAUGCGUGGCCUGCGAAAGCUGACGAUUGCUAGCUUGCCUUUGAUCCUUCUGUCGGCAAUCGUGCAUUCCGCAUGGCUCCGAGAAAUCGCGCAAGAGCCGCAUGCAUGGGAUGCAGAUUAUUUCACGGAAGCAUCAGCGCUGGCCGUGGGCAUCGUUUGCUUGGCCAUGGCAUGCGCCGAUGUGGUGCUCUAUGUUUGGGUGGAUGAUGCCUUCGUGCGCACACACAAGAAGCUGGUGCAGAUACACUACUUCAUCGAGAUUCUGAUGAGGCUCCCCCUCUGCCUUCUGCUGCAUACUGUCCACUUCGACAAGUGGAACCCACUUCUUUUCCUUUGGAUGGGGGACGUGACAACAAGCGUCCUGCUACUGCUGAUGCCUACGCUCUGGGGCUGGACGCGGCGGCGGCUCUCCUGUCGCCAUGCCUGGAGCCAGGUCGCCAGUGCAGUCAUCAUGUCUCAGAUCCUUUUCUUCGUGAACAUCACGGUCUUCGACCCCCGCGAAGCUUUCCAGUUUGUUAAUGCCGGGUUUUACAUCGUAAAGUAUUUGGAGGCAUUCAUAAUCUGCAAAAUGCUCCAGUGGCAUGGCGGAUUUGAGUUCGUCUUCCUACAGCGGCUCAGCGAGUUUGAGCUGGCUGCUGUACUUCUUAGCGCAGCCGUCGUAUGGGUCGUAGUGCCAAAGAUGCGAGCGCUCCAGGAUGCGACUACCUCUUCCGAAGCCAUCCCGCGGCUCUCCCGACUGCUGCCAAAUGGGGAGGCACCCACAGAUCUGGAGGCAGCGCGCAACAGAUCUCGUAGCCAGCUCUUCGGCACUCCACAGGGGCUGUCCUUAGAGCUGGGCACCGUUGGCUCGCCCCAGAGCUCGUCUGUGCUGGUCGCGCGGCUGCGGGGCGGUCAGGCCCCGCGCCCUGCAACGCAGCGUCUCGACUUGCUCGGCGACAUGUUGGAAGGCCUGUGCCUUCUGAGCCAAUCUCAGAGUUCUCGCAACCGGCCGGCGGUGGCACGCAGCACCGUGGUGGAUGUGCUGUGGUCGCUGGUUCUGCCCUGGGAUGGCGAGUACGAUGAUGGACAUGGGGGAGUUGUGAGGCUGGAGACUUUGGACGUUGAGAAAGGGGCCGUGCUCAUCAAAAGGUGGCAGAAAAUAACUGAGAACGAGGAAGGCUCUGCCUCCAGCAUGGCAUCGGAAAAAGAGACGGAAGCCCUGGGAGUUGUGUUCCAAGGCACCGUCUUGGAGGUGGUGCUGAAUCAGCAGGAAGGACGAAAACUCGGAUCCUUCACGGGGAAGCAGAUCCUGUUUGCAGACGGGCAGGGUACGAUCUGGACCCGCCGUAAAUGUCACAGCGCAGCUUCGAGUUUCAAGAGUCGGGAGUGUGAUGGACCAGCGCCCGCUGCAGCGAGGGAAGUCUUGAGACUGGUUCUCACUCAGCUGCUGCUUUCCUUGCGCUGGGAGCCCACGCAUCUUGGCCUUGGACCCUCCACGGCGUCUUCUGGAGCAUUGGUCGCCAUCGAUGCAUCCCAGCGGCCCUUGCUGAGUUUCCUGCUCCGCUAUGCCACUGGGACACAAGACCUGACACUUCUAUCAGAGAUCUACUGGUCACUCUGGUGUCUGUCAGAGGAUGCGUUGGAUUCUGAGCGGAUCACAUAUGACAAAGCACGCUGGGUGCUUAUCAAGUCCCUAGCUGGGUCCAUUGAGUUCUGGGACGGAGCCCGCGGCACGCGCCUGGACCAUUUGUGUCCUGACAUGGAGCGCAUCGUGUCCUUUCGCAAAGCUGCAUUGCGCCUCCUCACGCAGCAGGCGUCGCUGUGGCAGCAAACUCUCAGCCUGGCGGACCUCGGUGGCCAAACGGCCGGCGACACGUCCGAGAAGAGCCGGGCAGUGCGGAAUCGGCUGCUGGAGCUGAAGAAGGCGACGGAGGAGGGGCGACACCAGGAGUACCUCUCGGAAGAUGCCUAUAUGGAAGAAGUGUUGCAGGUUGAUCCUGAAUUACGCAGUGCCACGGCUGCAGCCAGUUUAGUUUCGGGCGCCGCAACGACCUUCCUCUCUGCCCCCGUGGAUCCCUCUGUGCCGUUCCUGGGCGUCGACAUCAGCAGCUGCGAGAUCUUGGCUUCAAAUGCGGCGCCACUGCUCCUGGUAUGCUGGAAGGAUACUCGCGAUGCCGGGCAAGAUCUGGAAGCGAAUGGCGGCGGCUUCAGGCGGCAGACCAGCGAAAAUGAGGUGACCAAGUACAUGGUCAAGGUCGGCGAUGACCUUCGCCAGGACCAGCUGGUGCUGCAAAUGCUUCACUUGAUGGAUCUCGUGUGGCAGGACAAGACCUCGUCAUGUGUGCUGGCAUUGCCCAAGUCCAUUGCUUCCGAACAUGCGAUGAAGCUUGCGCACGUGCUCGUGCUUUCGCUCUUCGUUGGGGCCUUGGGCCACGGCGCCCUGACCAAGCCACUGCCCCGCCUGGUGUCAGGGCAACAGUAUUGCCCGUGGUGUGUGGGAGAGCAUCAGCCAGUCACGAACCCGUCGGGCGUGGUCAACCGAGAUGCAGAGCCCUCCUCGCCCUGCCUUGGCUCUCAAAUAGGUGAUGCACCGUAUCCGGCGAGCAACUACAACAACUAUCGUGUUGCCACGGCUCCAGCCGAACCUUCCUACACGGCAGGUGGCAAGCUGGAAGCCAACAUUGUGCUAGAUGCAGACCACAACGGAGAUGCCAUCUUCGACUACUGCCCACACUCCGAAGCCCAGACGGAGGAGUGCUUCAGGUCGCGGCCCAUCAAUGAUUGGACUGACGUCCAUGCAUACUGGGAUGCCUCCAAUGAGAUCGACCAUUGGAAGUCCGGCCAAUGGUUCCCACAAACUGUCGACCUUCCUGCAGACAUGCCCUCCGGCCCGGUAACCGUGCGGUGGCUCUGGGUGUGCAAGUACACCGACGAGAUCUUCGUGUCUUGUGUGGACUUGGACAUUGUUGGCGGAGUGGCGACUACGACACAGCCGGCAGGCACCACGACCACCACUACCGCGAGCAGCGAAUGCAUCUGGACCGAGCCUGCUGGUCGGACGGUGGAGCGCGUCUCCCGCGAGGAGAAGGACGGCCGAAUUUGCUGGGAUGUUACGGUGCCCAGCGGGACCAAGGUUUAUUACCAGUCCAAGACAGACAUCUACCAUACGUGGAACUCGAACACUUGCUGCCUGAGUGCCGCAGAGAUUUUCGGGUCUGACGUGACGGGGAACCCCAAUCUUGUCGUCUUCACUCCGACGGCCAACGUUGGUACCUUUGGUUUCUGCGAGUGCACUGCAUGGGAUCCUAGCAAUCCCGGCACCUGUGCUGGUGCAGCCACAUCCGACAAUAUGAUCUGCCCGGUUCUUGGGGCCUCGAAAGAGAUGUGUUCAGAGGCCGCAUCGUGGGAUGGCCUGCCUGUUGGCUGCACACCUGUCUUUUCAACCACGCCCUCAGCGACAGCGACCACCACCCUGGCUGCAUCCACCACAUCACCUACAGAUGGCUGCUGCUAUUGGGAUGCCAAUAAGGGCUGUGAGGGGAGUGGAUACUGCUGGGAGUCCAAGGCCAAUUGCGAAGGCGAGGGCCGUGCGUGCCGUGGAGCCCAUGCCGGAGACAACGACGCAUCCUACUUCACAACAGUGAGUGGAGGCGUAGACUCACUGGAUGAGUGCAAGGCACACUGCCUUUCGACCGUCGGGUGUCAUGGCAUCGAAAACAUCGGAAGGAGGUGCGAGAUAUGGACGCAUCCCAUCGAGGCGAGCAUCAGCUUGACGGGCUACGUCUGCCUGCGCCUCCAGGGCGGUCCGGUUACGACAACGCCUCCUCCGACUCGUCCGGUGCACUCCUCUUGUGGUCAGCUUCACGACCAGUGUGGAGGAGAUAUGUAUACGGGCAGCAGCUGCUGUGUGUCGGGUCUGAGGUGUGAGUACAAGGACUCGAAAUACUCACAGUGCGUCAUGGACGACUCCAGCACACAAACCUGUGCGCAGAUCUGGCAACAGUGUGGUGGUGCUGGCUGGACUGGCUCCGAAUGUUGCGUUGAGGGCCUGACAUGUGUCUGGGGCAACGAGCACUACUCCCAGUGCCUGCGCCUUCCCGGCUCCCUUAUCGAAGGAACUGUUCAGAAGGUGUCGGUCGAAAAGCGGUCGCGCCUUCGCAAGUCGAAGCGUGCUGCUGCUCUGGAGUCACGGCCAUGGCUGGUGCAACGCCGCACCGUCACCGCCAAAGUCAAAGAAAGAUGGCCCCACCGUGGUCACAAGUUGCCGCUGUGUGGGGCAUCCUUGCCACCUGCUGGUGAGAUAUUUCGGAGCGGCUGCCUCCUGCCGAGACUCGGAUGCUCCGAUUUGUCCCUUACAGCAUCUUGCCUGGAGAUGGAUGGCAGCAGUAGCAACAAGGGCACGAAGAAGAGCACCGGCAGUGUCCGGGGAAGCAAAAGUUUGAACAAUUCAGGAGUGCUGGCAAUGACACCCAGUGCCGGCUACAUCAAGUUUGUCCCAGGCGCUGUGUCGCUUUCGAAAGCACUGGCACAGUCGAACGGCGACCUGAUGGUCUGGUUGACAGCCAAUCGCCCCUACGAAAGGAGCCUCGACGAAGUCCUCGCCAACUUGUGCGGGAGUGCGGCUGCCUACUGUGUGGCAACCUAUGUCUUGGGCAUCGGGGACCGUCACCUCGACAACUUGCAAAUAACCCCAGAAGGGCACUUCUUCCACAUCGACUUCGGCUUCAUCUUCGGAGAGGACCCAAAGCCCUUUGCGCCACGCCUGCGGCUGCCGCAACAGAUUGCCAGCGUCCUCAUGGCGGUGAGUGACGCAGAGUCGGGUGGUACCUUGCUGGACCGAUGUUUCCUCCUGGCCGGACGGGCGUACAUCGCACUUCGACGCUCCAUGCCUUUGUGGGUGUCCCUCCUUCGAGUUACGGGCCAGGCAGGUGGUGCAGGCUGCGCAGGAUUGCGUGCAGAUGCGAAUUCUGCUGUCGUCGUUGUUACAGAUCGGCUCCGGAGUGACCUCGGGAGCCACGGCGAGGAGGAAGCGGCCUCGGAGUUCCUCAUGGUGUUGACGGAAAGUACCGAAGCGCUCUACCCGGUUCUCACGGACAAGGUUCACCAGCUGGGCCUUUUCUGGAAGUGA